AUGUCGGCUCGCAUCAUUGGGUUUCUUCUCGCUUUUUCCGGUUUUGUGAUCUUGCAAGCGCAUGCAGCCACGGACAACCACCAUGCUACUCACCAUCCACAUGCAACCCACACUGCGAAGCAGUACGCGGCUCAUCAAACCGGACAUCACUCCAGCGUAGCGCACAAGGGAAAACAGUUCCUCAAACUAGUUUUGGGCAUUGUUAUCGGAUGUGUUGUCGGGACGUUGCUACUUUGCGUCUGUUGUUGCCUCAUCUUUAGGCACCGAAAGAAAAGAUCGACUCGGGAUGCAACACAAAUGGAGUCGAAUAUGCCUACGAUCUCCGCACCGAUCUCCGCUCAAAUGCAAGACCCUCCUCUACCUCAAACAGGCGAGGCAGCGAGUUAUUAUCAUGGCGGCGAGGCUCCUAAAUACGGGUAUUCGGGAGACCAACAGAAUGUCGGUUAUCAAGGCUAUCAAGGCUACCAGAACUAUGAAGGAGCGCCGCCCCCAGGCCCCCCUCCCCAGGCUCACAUGGGAUUCCGCCAAUAG